UUUUAAUUCUUGCAGUUUGUGAAAAUGAUAUGGUAAAAGGGUUUUCAAGAUCUGGUCUUUCAAAGGUUUCCUCCACAAAGAAAACAGAAGUGCCGAUUUCGUUCGAUAGUCGAAUCUAGAAGAUGGCUACGGAUCUCAAUGCGGAGCUCUCCAAGAAAAUCGGAAUUAUGGGUCUCAAAGUGUGGGAAGUUAUCGGAAUCAUCGUCGGUUUGUUGAUAGUAAUCAUUCUCUUCGCAUUGACGUUUUACCUCACCUCACGGAAAAAGUCGAGAAGAGCCCAAGAAAGGAUCCCUCAAAGCCAAAUACCUGCCAACUCAAAAGAAAUUAAAGAAGUGAGAGUGGAGCAUGUGUCGACCGAUAAGUUCGUCCCGCGCGACGGGAUUCUUCUCACAAUCCACGACAAAUUGAGCGAUAAGGAAUCGGACAAAGUGUUGGUCCAUUUAGAGAUGCCGAAAGCGAAAAAUGGGGACACUAUCAGCCAAUCGGAUUCGUUCGGUCAUAUUGAUAAAGAGUAUUGCGGGUCGGAAGAAGGGAGUUCUUCUGGAACAUUUGCAGUGUAUAAACCUUCUUCUUCGUCGCAUCCGAUAACUGCACCUUCGCCUUUGAACGGUUUGCCCGAAUUUUCUCACUUGGGUUGGGGUCAUUGGUUUACCCUAAGAGACCUUGAAAUUGCUACGAAUCGAUUUUCGAAGGAUAAUAUUCUUGGAGAGGGUGGAUAUGGAGUUGUUUAUCAAGGGCAGCUUAUUAACGGGACACCUGUCGCUGUUAAGAAGCUACUCAAUAAUUUAGGUCAAGCGGAGAAGGAAUUUGGAGUGGAGGUUGAAGCUAUUGGCCAUGUUCGACACAAAAAUUUGGUUCGGCUUUUGGGGUAUUGUAUUGAAGGAACUCAUAGGAUGCUAGUUUACGAGUAUGUUAACAAUGGCAAUUUAGAACAAUGGCUACAUGGAGCUAUGCGUCACCACGGAUCUCUUACUUGGGAGGCAAGGACCAAAAUCCUUCUCGGCACCGCUAAAGCUCUUGCGUACUUGCACGAGGCAAUCGAGCCGAAAGUGGUUCACCGAGAUAUUAAGUCGAGCAACAUUCUUAUUGAUGAAGACUUCAAUGCUAAGGUAUCUGAUUUCGGUCUGGCUAAGCUGCUCGGUGCUGGAAAAAGUCACAUCACUACUCGUGUUAUGGGUACUUUCGGAUACGUGGCUCCGGAAUAUGCAAAUAGUGGCCUUUUAAACGAAAAGAGUGAUGUUUAUAGCUUUGGGGUUCUACUAUUGGAAGCAAUUACCGGACGAGAUCCAGUCGACUAUGGGCGUCCUGCUCCCGAGGUAAAUCUGGUCGACUGGCUGAAAAUGAUGGUGGGAAGUAGGCGGUCGGAGGAAGUGGUGGAUCCGAGUAUCGAAACGAGGCCAUCUACACGAGUUCUCAAAAGGGCACUUUUGACCGCUUUGAGAUGCGUUGACCCAGAUUCUAAUAAGAGACCUAGGAUGACUCAAGUUGUCCGAAUGCUCGAAUCCGAAGAAUAUCCCAUUCCAAGAGAGGAUCGAAGGCACAAAAAAACCCGAGCGAGUAGCAGUGAAUUGGAUCCGCAACGAGAUAACUACGAUACUGACAAAAGUUCAGAGAGCACGAGAAACUAUUGAGCUAUGAUCAUAACCUAAGAUUAAUAUUUUCUUGAUUUUGCACUAUUAUUAAGGACCAACAUUCUUUUCCAACAAUCACAAAAUUACAGUGUGGUGAUUGUGUGUUAUUUGUUCAGCAAGGUUAUGUUGUAAAGCACAAGAGGACGGACGUAUUACGUAUCGUAGAUAUUCUUUAUUUUUUAUUUCCAUUUUUUUCGAUUUUUUUUU